AUAUAAUUUCUGCAAAAUCUAUGAGUGAUUUUUUGAUAGAUCUAGAAACAAAAAAUAAUAUAAGUGUAGAGUUAGUAGCUGGUGAAAUGUUUGAAGCAACAAAUUUAGUUAUAGAAAUAGAAUUAGAUAAUGAACAGGAUAUUUAA